AAUUUAACAUAGACAUUGUCAUUUGUUAGCAGAGUGGAUACAUGCCUCUUCCAUUUCCUCCCCAACACGUGCAAGUGUUGCGUGCUCUCCUUCACUGCACUGUGAACAAAGAACUUCGCAAAGGUAGAGUUUUGCACGCUCGCAUUCUCAAAGACGCUUCUUUCUCCUUCACUCACAUCGCCAACGCCCUCAUCAACCUCUACGCCAAGCGUGGUCACUUCGCAGAAGCCAACCUCGUGUUCGACAACAUCGUCCACAAGGACGUCGUCUCAUGGAACUGUCUCAUCAAUGCAUUCUCUCAACAGCAAGCUUUCGCGUCUUCUUCUCACGUUAUGCGCCUCUUUCGCCGUAUGAUGGUCUGCACCACCGUCCCCAACGCCCACACCUUCACCGGGGUCUUCACUGCCGCCUCCAACCUCUCCGACGCCGGCGCCGGUUGCAUGGCCCACGCCCUCGCCGUCAAAACGGCCUGCUCAGAUGACGUUUUUGCGGCCAGUUCGCUUCUCAAUUUUUACUGCAAAACGGGUCUCGUUGCCGAGGCCCGUAAGUUGUUUGACGAAAUGCCUGUGAGGAAUGCGGUUUCUUGGGCUACCAUGAUUUCUGGGUAUGCUUCUAAGGAGUUUGCUUAUGAGGCUUUUGAGCUUUUUGAACUCCUGCGUCGUGAAAAAGAGGGAGACAAUGAAAAUGAGUUUGUGUUCACUGGUGUUCUCAGUGCUUUGACGUGUCACGUGCUUGUGGACACUGGAAGGCAGGUUCAUUCUCUUGCGGUGAAAAACGGGUUGGUUUGCUUUGUCUCUGUGGGUAAUGCUCUUGUGACGAUGUAUGCGAAGUGUGGGAGCUUGGAGGAUGCGCUCAAGACUUUCGAGUUGUCGGGGAAUAAGAAUUCGAUCACGUGGUCGGCUAUGGUUACUGGUUUUGCUCAGAGUGGGGAUGCGGAUAAGGCUUUGAAACUGUUUUAUGAUAUGCAUCACUCUGGAGUUUUGCCCUCUGAGUAUACUCUUGUUGGGGUGAUCAAUGCUUGUAGUGAUGUUUGUGCUAUUGUGGAAGGGAGACAAAUGCAUGGUUAUUCCUUGAAGCUGGGGUAUGAACUACAGCUGUAUGUUUUGUCGGCUUUGGUGGACAUGUACGCGAAGUGUGGUAGUAUAGGGGAUGCUCGGAAGGGUUUUGAGUAUAUUCAACAACCUGAUGUUGUUCUUUGGACUUCAAUCAUAACGGGGUAUGUACAAAAUGGGGAUUAUGAAGGUGCUUUGAAUUUGUACUGUAAAAUGCAGAUGGGGCGAGUUAUCCCCAAUGAUUUAACUAUGGCGAGUGUUCUAAAGGCUUGUUCUAGCUUGGCGGCUUUAGAUCAGGGAAAGCAAAUGCAUGCCGGGAUUAUUAAGUAUGGUUUUAGCUUGGAAGUUCCCAUUGGAAGUGCUCUUUCUGCCAUGUAUGCAAAAUGCGGAAGUUUGGAUGACGGAUGCCGCAUCUUUUGGAGGAUGCCUUCUAGAGAUGUAAUUUCGUGGAAUGCAAUGAUAUCUGGACUUUCUCAAAAUGGUUGCGGCAUUGAAGCCUUGAAGUUGUUUGAAGAGAUGUGCUUGGAGGGCACAAAGCCCGAUAAUGUCACAUUUGUGAAUCUUCUCUCUGCUUGUAGUCAUAUGGGUUUGGUGGACAGAGGGUGGGUUUAUUUUAAGAUGAUGUUUGAUGAGUUUAACAUUGCUCCUACAGUAGAGCAUUAUGCUUGCAUGGUUGAUAUCUUGAGCCGUGCUGGACAACUCAAUGAAGCAAAACAAUUCAUUGAAUCAGCAACGGUUGAUCAUGGUCUAUGUCUGUGGCGCAUAUUAUUAGGGGCCUGUAAGAACCAUCGUAACUAUUAUCUUGGUGCUUAUGCGGGAGAGAAACUAAUGGAGUUAGGCUCGCCAGAAUCGUCUGCUUAUGUAUUGUUAUCGAGUAUAUAUACGGCUUUAGGAAAAUGGGAAGACGUGGAGCGUGUCAGGGGCAUGAUGAAGACUCGAGGGGUGACUAAAGAACCUGGUUGUAGCUGGAUUGAGUUGAAAAGUUUGACCCAUGUAUUUGUUGUUGGAGACAAUAUGCACCCACAAAUUGAUGAAAUAAGGUUGGCAUUAAAACUGUUAACCAAGCUAAUGAAAGAUGAGGGAUAUCAACCCCUUCUUGAUCCAUUACUUCCUGACAUUAUCAGUGAUGAUUUGAAAGAUCAAGAAGGCAGCGAUGAGAUACAACUCAGGGUUUGUGGUGGCUUGUAGCAAGAUUGAGGAGAUCUUCAACUCAUGCCCAAUGUAUAUUGUUCAUUAUAUUCGGAAACCUCUCUUUUAUGGUCCCCGUUUGAUAUCAAUUCGUUGAUUGAGAUAUUUGAAGCAAGUUCUGUUAUGGUGAGAAGGAGAGGGAGAGAUUUAAUAGGAUUUUAAAUUAUUUUUUUGGGACUCAAUUUCCAUAACUUCACCACCCGAACAAAAGUGCAGAACCCAUUACAUUAUUCAUUCAAUGCUAACACUAUUGUUGUAGUUGAGGGCAUUGAGUUUGUGAAGUGUGAGAUCGUGGGACAGAGCUUCAUUCUUCAUCUUCAGAUACGGAAGAUGAUGGGGCUGGGGUGGUAAUAAUGAGAAAUUGUGCAUCAGAAUCACUUAUCAAUAAAGCUUUGCCGCAGGAUGUCAAUAUUAAUGUGCCUACUGCUCCUGAGGUUGGAUUAUAUCUGGACGAGUGCUUCUUUGCUUCAUAUAACCAGAAGUGGAAAGAUAGCCAUGAAGAGGUGUCAAUGAAAGCAUAUGAGAAAGAAGCUGAGGAGUUCAGAAUGAAGUACAUUAUUCCCAUAUUUCUUCCACGGAGCAGAAGGAAGGAACUGUUGCUCUUUGGUUGCAUUCUUUAAACCAUAGAAAUUAUCCAGAUCUGCGUGAUGUCAAUGAGGAAGCCAUCACUGAUAACAAGAGUGCUGAUCCUGAAGAAGCCAUUUCCGAUCACAAGACUGCUGAUCCUGAAGAAACCAUCACUGAUAACAAGAGUGCUGAUCGUGAAGAAGCCAUCACUAAUAACAAGAGUGCUGAUCGUGAAGAAGCGAACUCUGAUAACAAGAGUGCUGCUGAUCCUGAAGUAGUAGUGACUGAGUGAGUUGUGUUUCCAAUUGUUUAAUGUCAACCUCUUCUUUCUAAUUGAUUUGGGCCUGACUUUUCACUGCAUACAAUUGAUUGUUACAUAUCUAUCUCCCCUGCUUCGCAACAUAUACAAUCUACAAAGUAUGUAAUUUGGUUCUGAGUCCAUCACUCGGUAAAGACACUAAAAAGAAAUAAAAGGAUAUAUGUUAUUUUUUUUAA